CGAACGGUGGAGAUCGGAUGGAAUAAUUUUUCCUAAUUUACCCCGUCCUUCAUCCCCCCUUCGAUCCUUCUUCUUCCACCCCCUCCAUGGAGGGAGCAAUUAGCAGCGGCGGAGACUCCUCCGAUCCCUUCUUCGAUGCCUCUGACGACUCUGCAAUGCCGGAUUUCAACGAAAGCCUUGAUUCCUUGCCUUCUUCACCGCCAGGAAUGACUGGACAUCAACCGGAGAAUGAAGGCACUGAUGCUACUCUACUAAAAGUUUCAGCGACGUCCCUCCGCCGUCGUCGUUCUUCUUUCCGGGUUACUAAGCCUCGCCACAACCUGGACACAAACGUUCCGACUUGCGAAUCCGAUACCAACCUUGAGAUUUCCACCUUCGGUGAAAGGCAGGGUACUAUCCCUCCCGAUAUCGAAGACAUGACUAUCUCCAAUGGAGUAGAAACUACGACUUCGACGCUUACGUCUGAUCAAAACGUUGAAGGGAGAGAUAUUGGCCAGGAAACUUCAUCCCGAUGGGAUGAACCUUCGGCAAUAGGUCAUGAAUAUCCAGCUCAGAGUAUUCUAGAUUCUCUUACUGAUUUGGUGAUUAAAGCGAUCUUUUUCCAGGUUAAUAUGCUAAUUAGAUUCUUAACAUUUCCGAUAUGGUUGACCUAUAAUUCUUUAUUGUUUGUUGUUAAUCCUCUUGGAACGCUAAGACGUACAAAAUAUGAACUGAAGAAGACGACGUUGUGGGUGUGCAAGACUGUCCUGGAGAGCCUCAGCCCGUUUAUACCUGAUACGCUCAAGAGAGAAGAGCGAAUUGUUAAAUUAGUUGGGGGAAUGGCCUGGGGUUGCUUCUGGUUUUUCUAUGUUGGCAUUGCGCUGUCUGGGCUUUUGAUAACAAGUUUUUUCUGGGCUAAUUUUCUGAUGAGCCGAAUUGUUGAAGAGCCACUACAGAUGAUAAGAAGUUUAAGUUUUGAUUACACCAAGGCUAGCCCUGAUGCCCUUGUGAUGCUAAUGCCAUGCAAUACUGCUGGAUGCGGUCUAGAUUUUGUUGGAAAGGCUGGAUUUACGGAGAAUGUUGCUGCGCGGGCUAUACCACCUAACCACAAACUGCAGCUAACUAUUUCAUUGACACUGCCCGAGUCUGAUUACAACAUAAAUCUUGGUGUAUUUCAGGUCAGUGUAGAGUUUAUUUCAACAAAAGGCAAAAUCACUUCUCGUUCAAGCAAACCUUGCAUGCUUCGUUUCAAAAGUUCGCAUAUUCGCUUUAUGGAGACCUUCAUCAGAAGUGGCCCUCUGCUAGCAGGUUAUUCCUCCGAAUCACAGGUUAUUGAUUUAAGAUUAUCAGGUUUUACUGAAGGAUAUGAGCCAACCAUGAGCGUCAGAAUAGUUCUAGAACAGCGGGCAGGAUUCAUGCUUGGUGCUGGUAUUCCUGAGAUCUAUUCUGCUUCUUUAAAACUAGAAUCAAAGCUGCCCAUACUGAAGAGAAUAAUAUGGAACUGGAGGAAAACACUACUUAUCUGGCUUGCAAUGGGGCUUUUCGUCUGGGAGUUGUUGAUUGUUUUGGUCUGUUGUAGACCUGUGCUGUUUCCACAGGGAAGGAGAAGCGGCGAUGCUUCUCACAACAAUCAAGGACGAAGUAUUGAUUCUAGUACGACAUGAUUACGGUGCAUUGAGUUACUAGGCUGUGACCAAAUAUGUUCUUAUGUCUCGGAAGGUGGGCAUGGAGACAGGGAAGAGCUCAGCAUUGGUGUUUUUAUCAUCUUGAUCAGGUAUGUUAAUAUUUAAUCAUGACAUCAUUAGUAGAAUGAAUGGUUAGUUGGAUUAUGUUCUAUAAACUUUUCUUUUUAGCAAAAAUAAAUAUUUAAAUUGAAUCUGUAUAUGUUCUUGAGGCAUUUUCACUUGAUAGUUGAGAAGAACAUACUUAUGUUUC